AUGGAAAGCAAUUGUUGCCAAUUUGUACAAAAAUUUCAUCAAUGCCAGAUCCAUGGAGACCUGAUCAAAGUCCUGCCCAGUGAACUCAAGCCCAUGAGCACACUUUGGCCAUUUUUCACUUGGGGUAUGGAUGUCAUCGGACCAAUCAAGCCCGCUGCUUCAAAUGGGCAACGAUUCAUUCUAGUUGCCAUCGACUACUUCACCAAAUGGGUGGAAGCAAUGUCCAACAAAUCAGUGACGAAGAAUGUAGUGGCUGACUUUGUGCGAAACAAUAUCAUAUGUUGUUUUGGCAUACCCGAGUCCCUCCUAACGGAUAACGAGGUAAAUCUAAACAGUCACUCGAUGAAGGACAUCUGUGAGCAUUUCAAGAUCACUCAUAGGAACUCCACGGCCUACCGGCCACAAAUGAAUGAAGCUCUGGAAGCAGCCAAUAAGAACAUCAAAAUGAUAUUAAGGAAGAUGACGGACAACCAUAGAGUUUUCGCUACAAAGUUCAAGCUAUGUAAAUUCAACCAGUUGGGUGCAGUUUUUGCUCCAUCUUCGCUACAAAGGUCAAGUGAUGUAAAUCCGGCUAGUUGGGUGCAGUUGUCGCUUCAGUGA